AUGGAAGUUUUCAAGUCGCUUCAUCUGGCUCUCGGGUUCCCAAACUCAAAGGAGGUCCAUAGUGAUGGACAGGCAGGUGGCCUAGCGUUAUUCUGGAGUGCGGAGAUCGAUCUGCAAGUUCGUACAAGGUCUGCACAUCACAUCGAUGCGGUGAUCCAUGGCGGACCGGGGGAUCCUCGAUGGCGUCUAACGGGCUUCUACGGGUAUGCUCGUACUGCUGAACGAGAUCGCUCCUGGAAACUGUUAAGAGAUUUGGGGGAUUUAGACUCGCUGCCAUGGGUUGUCAUUGGAGAUUUCAACGAGAUUCUAAAUAAUGGGGAGAAGAUCGAUGGGCCUCCUAGGGCUAAGAGACAAAGAGCCAAAGUGACUUGGCUAAAAGAAGGAGAUAGAAAUACUGGAUUCUUCCACCGCAAGGCAACUAAUAGAAAACGAAAAAAUGCAAUUCAUGGGCUGUUUGAUGAACACGGCGUAUGGCGUGAGGAUGAUGCUGGGGUUGAACAGAUUGUUACGUCCUAUUUCAAGAACAUGUUCACUGAUUCUCCAAUUGAUAUGGAAGCAAUGAAUACUACUCUGGAAGCUAUUCAACCUAGUGUUACACCAGAGAUGAACGCUCAAUUAUGUCAGGUGUACACGGAGGAUGAGAUUCGUUGUGCAUUGUUUCAUAUGUAUCCAACAAAAUCACCGGGCCUGGAUGGCAUGCCUCCAUUAUUUUUCCAACACUACUGGGAGGUGAUUGGGAAAGAUGUGACUGAAGCUGUUCAGGAUUUUCUACAUACGGGUAACCUAUUAAAACAGGUGAAUUUCACUCAUAUUUGCUUGAUUCCGAAAGUAAAUAAUCCUGAAAAGAUGUCAGAUUUGAGGCCUAUUGCUCUUUGUAAUGUUUUAUACAAGAUCUGCUCUAAGGCAAUUGCAAACAGACUCAAGCUAUUACUUCUUGAUAUAAUUUCACCGUAUCAAAGCGCUUUUGUACCUGGCCGCUUAAUCACUGAUAACAUUCUUGUUGCUAACGAGAUUGCUCACUUUGUGCAUAACAAGAGAGACGGGUUUGAUGGAUUUAUGGCCUUGAAAUUAGAUUUUAGCAAGGCUUAUGACAGAAUGGAAUGGUUGUUUCUUCGGAAAGUGAUGGAAAGGUUUGGGUUCACAAGGGGUUGGAUUGACAUGGUUAUGCAGUGUGUCUGUUCUGUAAGGUUUUCUUUUUUUAUCAGAGGAAAACCUAGAGGACUGGUUAUUCCAAGUAGGGGACUGAGACAAGGUGAUCUCUUGUCACCCUAUCUUUUCCUCAUUGGUGCAAAGGGUUUUUCUGCCUUGUUGCAGCAGAAGCAUUUGCUUGGCUUACUACCCGGGGUUGAGGUAUGUUCUGAAGCUCCAUCAGUUAAUCAUUUACUUUUUGCGGAUGAUAGCAUGUUGUAUGCUCAGGCUUCGCUGGAGGCUUGUUAUGAGAUUCAGGAUGUUAUAGACACAUAUGGAAGGGCUUCAGGGCAGCUAGUGAAUUUUAACAAAAGCUCAGUUGUCUUUAGCAAAAAUGUACAGGUAGAUGUACAAGAUGAAGUUGCUUCUUUUUUGGGAGUAGACAUAGUUGAGUCACAUGAGAAGUAUCUGGGGCUCCCCACUUAUGUAGGACGUAAGAAAACUGCUACUUUUCAGUAUAUCAAGGACAAUUUAGCCAAGAAGCUCAAGCAUUGGCAAGGAAAACUACUCAGUGGUGCAGGCAAGGAUAUUUUGAUAUGGGUUGUUGCUCAGGCCCUUCCAACUUAUGCAAUGAGUGUGUUCCAGCUAACAAAAAAAUUUUGUGAGGAUUUGGAACAAAUGUGUGCUAGAUUUUGGUGGGGAAGCACGGAAGACAAAAGGAAAAUUCAUUGGAAGGCUUGGGAGGCUCUCUGCCAUCCUAAGGAAGAGGGAGGACUUGGCUUUCGAAGCCUCACUGACUUUAACAUGGCUAUGUUAGCAAAGCAGGUAUGGAGAAUUGCUAGCAAUCAGGAAUCCCUCAUUGCUAGAAUUUAUAAGGCACGCUAUUUUCCCGAGAGCUCAUUUUGGGAGGCUCCCGCUCACAAUGCCCCAUCAUAUUCAUGGAGAAGUAUUUUCGCUUCCAGAGAACUGCUUAAAACAGGUUCAUAUUGGCAGAUUGGCACCGGUGUAUCCGUAAGAGUGUGGUCUGAUGUGUGGAUUCCAGGUUUUCCCAAUUUAGUUCCUAAUACCGAUUCUCCUCUCUUUGAUGAAAAUAUGACGGUUAGUGAGCUACUAUGUGCACCGGGGAGAUGGGAUGAAGAAAAAGUUCUGGCAGUUUUUACGAUUGAGGUAGCAGACGCUGUCUUAACUAUUCCUUUGACACGAAGGUUGGUUCAUGAUAGGAUUGUUUGGAGGUUGGAGAAGAAAGGCGAGUUCUCUGUGAAGACUGCCUACAGACAUGCUUUUUCUACGUCUGUGGAGAGACCUGGAAUUUUGGAGACUACGACGAUUCAGUUUUGGAAGAAGCUAUGGCAAGCUAACAUUCCAUGCACAGCUAAGGUACAUGUGUGGAAAAUUUUCCAUAAUAUCCUUCCAUCUCUAGAACGUCUAGUGGCUAAACAUGUAAUGAUUGAAUCACAGCUAUGUGUUCUCUGUAUUGGUUCGGUGGAGUCAACUUUACAUUUAUGUAGAGAUUGUAUAUUUUCAAGGGGGGUUCUUAGUUCCAAUCCUUCUAUUGCUCAAGUGUGCUUUACGGCUGAGACUGAUGGUUUGGGAGUGCUGGAGUGGCUCAUGUUUUGCGCGAACAGCCGAAGAGCUGCAGGGGAUGUAAGGUGGAAGGGUCCUCUAAUUGGUUGUGUAAAACUGAACACUGAUGGAGCCUUCUGUUCAGAAACUGGUGCUGGUGGGUCUGGUUUGGUUUUACGAGACCAUCUUGGGAAGUUCUUAGCUUGCAAGGGCAGAGCAGUAAGGGGACUUAUAUCUGCUGAGCAUGCUAAACUCCUGGCAAUCAAGACUGCUAUUAAUUUUAUUGUGGAGAGGUCCCUGCAGCCUGCAAUUGUGGAGACUGAUUCUCUGUUGGUUCAACAGCAACUACUAGGGAAUGGCAACAACUUAUCAAGACUUGGAAGAAUUUAUGAAGAUCUACGGCUUCAGUUGGCUGCUAUGCCUAAUGUCAAUAUAGUUCAUACACGACGAGAGGCCAAUAAGGCCGCUCAUCUUACGGCUACACAGGCUCAUUCUUCAGGCUAA